UUUCUGCCCGCUUCCCUUUCCUCUCGUCUUUGUACCAUUCUUUACUUUGACCUAUUACUUUCUCUCCUCUACUCUUUUAGGGCUCUUUUCUGCUUGGCCUCCUUCCUCCUCCUCUCCUUCAUCUCAAGUCUCCUUCUUUGUGUUUGCGAUCAAUGGAUAAUUUCACCUCUUCUUCUUCUUCUCUUCCUCCUCCUCCUACACCCAUGCCCGACAUUCUGCCCGCAUCGGCUUCAUCCUCUUCUGCAGCUUUCGACGACGGUUCCGAGGACUUCUGCAGUAUUUGUCUUGAGCCCUUCAGCACCGAUGACCCUGCUACUAUAACAAAUUGCAAACAUGAAUAUCAUCUGCACUGUAUUCUUGAAUGGUCUCAGAGAAGCAAGGAGUGCCCAAUCUGUUGGCAGAUACUUGUCUUGAAGGACCCUGCCAACCAAGAACUUCUAGCUGCGGUGGAAGCUGAAAAACGCAUAAGGUCAAGAGGCUCAUAUUCAUCUGCAUUCCCACAUCCUCGUACCCCCAUUGAACGGUUUAAUGUGGAACAGGAUGAUUCUUGUUCCGAUGACUCCGAUUUUGAUGAACAAAUUAUGCAGCACCUAGUUGCUGCUGCAAGUAGAGCCCAUUAUUUUCGUAGAAGGGAUGUGCAAAGAUCAUCUGGAGUAGGUCCAUCUAGGAUUCCUGUAGUUGAAUCUUCAUUGCAUGUCUCUGGGCUGCAACCAGUGCAUACAACUUCACCUUCUGGAGAUAGUUCACCUAGUUCCACUUCUGCUGCUGGCAUUCAACCUCCACCGCCUGCCCCUUCUUCUGUUGAAGCAAUUCCAGGAAAUUCCACUCCUGAUACCCAUGACCCUUUCAAAGCCAGAGUUCUUUAUAGCCAGCCACCAUCCGAGAGUGUGAGAAGACUGAACACUUCUGAGAUGUUUACUUUCCCUGAGUCCAUCAAGACCAAAUUUUCUGCUGCUUCAGCUAGAUAUAAAGAAUCUAUUUCAAAAGGUACACGUGGUCUUAAAGAGAAGUUACUUGCUCAUAAUGCCUCAGUGAAAGAGCUGAGUAAAGGUGUUCAGCGUGAGAUGAAUGCUGGCAUCGCUGGUGUUGCACGGAUGAUUGAACGCCUUGAUCUCGGCUCAAAACAGGCUACUGCUUCUCCUUCCAUGCCCAGCUCUACCGAGGGAACUUCUGGCUUCCCCUCUAAAGGAAAGACUGUCCAAGAAAAUGGUAGUGGACAGUCUCUUCACUCUGCCGUUGAGGAAGAGAGUGGAGUAGUCAUUCAUGAUGUUAGAUCAGGUCCACCUGCACAGGUUUCCAGUGCCACAGUUAGUCCAGUAGGGUACCCUCAUCCACAUGUUCAGAGUGGGUGUGAUGCGGUGAAGACUUAGCUUGGCUGGUAUGUCGUCUCACUUGUCCAAGAAGAAGCAUGCAGUGCAAGUGAUGACCUUGUAAACCAAUCUACCCGUUGGUAUAUGCAUCCGGCAUUGUUGUUACUGGCCCAUGAAGUUUAAGAAUUAUAAACAAUGUGCUGAGCCAGAGCUUUCACCUCGAGGGAGAUUAUUUAAUGAACUUAUCACUAUAGUAUAGACAUGCAUGGAUGGUUAUCCAUACUCGGCCUUUGUUUAUAGUUUCUUCUACGUGCUAGUAUAUCGCUCAUUGCGGUCAAAUAAUACUGAGGUUGUCUGCUUUCUCCACUUUAAUCUACGAAUCUAGCAACUUAUUGAGAGGAAUAUGAUUGUGCCAUUUGGUAAAAUCUUCUAAGGAUUGAAAGCAACCUGAAA